UCUGCGUUCAUCUCUUUCAUAUACCGAUUACAAUUUUAGUCCUAGACAUAUUAAAAUAAAUUAGUGAAAUACUAGUGAGACUUAAUAAUUAAAAAGAUAGAAUUUUGUUCUCUAUUAUCCAAUUCCAAUUAUUGCAUACACUAUUACUGUAACAUUUUCGAGGAAACAAGGGAAAGAAGAAAAGGUUUAAAGAAAAACAAAAUGUCGACAUCAUCUGCCGGAUCUUCAGGAUCAAGUGGAAGUGGAAAUAGACGAAAUGGAAGCGGUACUAGUGCAUCUAGCUCAUCUGAGCCUAAGCCUGAAACAAAAGAAACAAAAUCGAAUCCAAAAAUUUCUAAAGCUUUAGGAACAUCUGCUAAGCGCAUGCAAAAGGAACUAGCUGAAAUAACCCUUGAUCCUCCACCAAAUUGUUCCGCUGGACCUAAAGGUGACAACUUGUAUGAAUGGGUUUCAACAAUUUUAGGACCGCCAGGUUCUGUUUAUGAAGGCGGUGUAUUUUUCUUGGAUAUACAUUUUCCACCAGAAUACCCAUUCAAGCCUCCAAAGGUUUUAUUUAGAACUAGGAUUUAUCACUGCAAUAUAAAUAGUCAAGGCGUUAUUUGCUUGGAUAUUCUAAAGGAUAAUUGGUCACCUGCACUGACAAUAUCAAAGGUUCUCUUAUCAAUUUGUUCUUUGUUAACAGACUGUAAUCCAGCUGAUCCGUUGGUCGGUAGUAUUGCUACACAAUAUUUACAAAAUAGGGAAGAACAUGAUCGAAUCGCACGACUUUGGACUAAACGAUAUGCUACGUGAUUUCCUAAUAUUUUCAACUCGCAUCCAUUAAAUUACAAGAAGAUGAAUGAAUUUGAAUUUAAAAUUGAAGUAAAAAAUUGUAUUUAAAAAACCAUGCUGUACCGGUGAAAAUUAAAAAAAAAGAUAAUAUCAACAAAUAAGAACUUACAUAAAAAGAAACUCUUAAUGGAAAUAAUAAUAUUUAUAAUGAUUUGUCUCCAAA